AUGUCUAUCUCCUUCGUUUUCGGUAUAUGGCAGACGAAAAACAAGUCGCCCCUCCGGAGCCUCAACCUGCGCUUGAUCAAGAAAAGACUCAAGCAGGAGACAUACUUGAAGCCCAAAACUGAACCGAUGGUAAAGAUGUUGCCGCGCAAUUCCUCGCUCGGCUUGACCCGGCCAUUGCAGUGGAACCUGUUACCGAGACCGAAGCGCGCCGUGUGCUUUAGAAAAUCGAUCUGA